AUGGAGAAGGAGAAGAAGAACAAGGAGAAGAAGGAGGAGAAGGAGAAGAAGAACAUGGAGAAGGAGAAAAAGAACAAGGAGAAGGAGAAGGAGAAGAAGAACAAGGAGGAAGGAGAGGAGAAGAAGGAGAAGGAGAAGGAGAAGGAGAAGGAGAAGAAGGAGAAGGAGAAGAAGAACAAGGAGAAGAAGGAGGAGAAGGAGAAGAAGAACAUGGAGAAGGAGAAGAAGAACAAGGAGAAGAAGGAGGAGAAGGAGAAGAAGAACAUGGAGAAGGAGAAAAAGAACAAGGAGAAGGAGAAGGAGAAGAAGAACAAGGAGAAGGAGAGGAGAAGAAGGAGAAGGAGAAGGAGAAGAAGGAGAAGGAGAAGGAGAACAAGGAGAAGGAGAAGAAGAGUCUCUUCUGGGACCGCUCCUGGAGGGUACAGGACCCCCCCCUCCCAUACAGUACCAGAGAGAGGCCAGGGCUGGUCUGAGGGUGGGGUUGCCCCCGGUUACCGCCUCAUCACACGGCCCAGUUAG